CGACAUCAGUAGUAGCAGCUCGGCGCUGCCAAGCGCGCGACGCACGCUCGCCGCUCAACAAGUGCGCGCGCUCGAGCGGCCGAGCUUUUCCCCUAUAUUCUGUAUAUUAUAUCGCAACUCUGCGUGUGUAGUCGCUCUCGCGUGUAGACCAACAAGUGGAGGUGAGUUGCAAAGCUUUGAGACGCCUUGUUAUACGCAGUGUGUGUAUGUGCAUCGUGCAAGUAUACCGACGCAGGAGAUAAGGCGCGUUUGAUCAUCCCGUGUAUUAAUCGAGCGCUAGCGAUGCAGGCGGGGGCUCGGGCGAUGAUGACGGAGAGCUUCGAGGCGGCCGGUAGUCGGCGACGCAGACGUGGACCGAGGCUGGCGGAGAAGGAUAAUCAUCACGGGAGCAUCGGCUGCAGGAAAGCUCCGACGACGAACAAUAAGCUCGUCGCAAGCUCGAGGGAGAGGACCAUCAGGAGACUCGAGAGCAACGAGAGGGAGAGGAUGCGCAUGCACGAUCUCAACGACGCCUUUCAGUCUCUGCGCGAGGUGAUACCGCACGUGUCGCGCGAGCGUCGGCUCUCGAAAAUCGAGACUCUGACCCUCGCCAAGAACUACAUAGUCGCCCUGACCGACGUCAUCUGCACCAUGAGGCAGGAGGAGGCGGCCAACGGUGGACAGCGCGAACAACUGGUCCAGAGCACGAGUGUCGGGGAGAUCGGAACCGACGACCCGAGCUCCAACGAGCGGGACAACAACAGCCUCUACCCCCUUGAUGUCAAUACGCCGAGCUGUUCGAGGUCCUCGAGCCCUGGCGGCAGAUAUUGCACGAUGAGCAACGAGGUCGAUUCGACGUGGGACAGCUGCAGCGACUCGCUGUCGAGCUUCGGCACCGGCCUCUGAAGAUGAGACGAUGCGAAGGACUGGAAGAUGGCGAUACAGUAUUUUUGAUAAAGAGCUCGCAGUUUUUUCGAGAGUAUUUUUUUCCUCCUCUUCUGCUUUUGUCACGACGCGACAAACGAAUACGUGUACGGCUAUGAUAUACUUAUAUUAUAUAUUAACUGUGCGACGAUCGCGCGAUCGGUCCACGCAACACCAAAGAUGAAUAUAUAUAUAUAUAUAUAUAUAUAUAUA